AGACGAGGAACCAGAAGCUGACGGACGGCAAAAGAAGAGAGAUGGCUCAGAGAAGAAUCAGGGGAGGCAAACUCGUGAUGGUGUUGUGUGUGGUGGCAAUGUGCAGAGCCGUCCCCAUCAACGACCUCAUCUAUCGAGCCUCUCAACAGUCUGACAAACUGCACGCACUCAGCACGAUGCUCACCCAGGAGCUGGGCUCUGAAGUAUUCCCUAUAGACAGGGUUCACGCGUGCCACACCUCCUCUCUACAGACCCCCACUGACAAGGAACAAGCACUUCAAGUAUCAGAGUCAGAUCUGUUGUCCCUGGCUCGCUCCCUCCUGCAGGCUUGGUCGGACCCUCUUGUAGUCCUGUCCUCCUCUACUAACGUCCUCCCGUACUCAGCCCAAAGCACCUUAUCCAAAACUAUCCAGAAGAUGCAGGAGCACUCCAAAGACCUCAAGGAUGGCCUGGAUAUACUAUCUAGCAAGAUGGGUCCAGCUGCUCAGGCCAUCACUUCACUUCCAUUCAUAGAAACCAAUGAGAUCGGCCAGGACAAGAUUACCAAACUGCUGUCCUGCUUUCGCCGGGACUCUCACAAGAUCGACAGCUUCUUGAAAGUCCUGCGCUGCCGGGCAGCAAACAUGCAACCCCAGAUGUGCUGAAGAGUGGCUGUCCAGCCUGAAUCUGUGAAAAGAUCGUUCUUACAGCUUCUAUUGCUUAUCAAAUAGAGAAUUGCUCAUGAUAGAAAUUUGCUGUCUUAGAUAUUAUCUGGUUUGCUAAUUAGUAAGCUUUUUAGGCUUCAGGGAUUAAGGAUAAGGAGGAAUUAUAAGGCAGGAAACUAUCCAUGGUUUGACUCUUUUAGCACAGUGAGUAAAACAGUGAUCUUACUUUCCACUGAGCUAAUUCUGUGUGUAAAAUCUCUGUGACUCCUCCUUGUCUUUUCCUUCUGUUGCAGCAGAAUCCCCUGAAAGCUAAUCUACUAAAGAUGAAAUCUAGGGCUUCAAUGAAGAGUUAUGUUUUCUUCCUAACUAGUGCUUAGUUGAUGAGAAACUGCAGCAUUUGACUUGAGUCGUGUCUUUUAAAAAGCUUUGUGAAUUCAGUGCCUUUUAAGUAAACUAUUUCUUUAAAAUCUGUAUUUCAAUAAAAAAAAAUCUUGCACGGUGAAA